AUGGUGAAGUUAGCUCGCGGUGGUAUGAACAACAGCAAUAGAGGAAGGUCGAAGCCUAGACCUUUGUUUCCACCCGGUGAACUGCCACUAUUUGGUCCUCCACCAGCUUACAUGAGAAGACCAGGACCUCCAAUACCACCUCCUGCUAGAGGUCCUGUAGGAUAUGAUUAUGGUCCUCCGCCUCCACCUCCAAUGCGGUUACCACCACAUCUUGGACCCCCAAUGCCACCUCCACCACACAUGCCACUGAGGGGUCGCCCCGGCCGGCCGCCACCACCAAUGCCACUUCUUCAGGCACCUGUCAUGCCUCCUAGACCACUACCAUUUUUAAGAGGUAGAGGCAUGGGGCCUAGGAUGGGUCCUGGAAAGAAACUUGGAAAGGGUAUUAAAAAACCAAAGAACCGUAGAAACAAAAAAGGAGCCCCGACCACCUCUCAGAACAAACCUGAGGGAGACUAUUACUGUGAGGUAUGCGAUCGUAGCUGGAUGACUCCAGAAGAACUUGAAGUUCACAUAUCUGAACAUAUAACUUGCCAUUUUGAAGGCUGUUUCUUUAAAGGUGCUCCUAAAAUUGUUGCUUUACAUGUCAAGCUUCAGCAUGAUUCUGGUAUGUUUGAUAAAAUUGUUAAAUCAAGCAACAAAGAAGAUAUUGAAAAAUGGAGAGAAGAGAGGAGAAGGAAGUUUCCAACACUGGAAAAUAUUGAAAAGAAGAUAGCUGAACGAAAAGAAAUGGAAGAAAGAGGAGAAAGAAUAGAACCAAACAUUAAAUCAUACAAAAGAAAUCAGUCGACUAAGUAUAAUGUGAAAGACAAAGUUGAAGGAAAAAAUGUCAACAAUAAAAGGAAAAGAAAUAAAUUUCAAGAUUUCAGAAAUAAUUCAGAUAGUAAAGUUAAGGGUUUUAAUCCUCAGUUUCUUAGUACAGCUUUCCUGCCAGAUGAUAUUGAAGAUGCUAAAAAUGAUGAGGAUUGCAAUAUAAGCGAUGAAGAAUGGAUUUCUGAUAACAAAGGAAUCGUAGAAUCUGCUCCAAUAAGUAACAUUUUAAUGAAUUUAAGCAGUACCUAUGCUUCUGAUGAUGAAAUUGAUUCCCAACAAAUUGUUUCUGACAAGAAGGGAUCUGAUCAAGUCAACACUUUAGAGGGCAGGAUUGGAGAAAGUGAUGAUGAGCCUCCUGAAGAAGAAAAAAUUAUCCGACAAAGUGAUAUGGAUUCAAAUAAUGAAACAAAUUUAGAGGAUAAAAAAUUCACUGAAAGGUUUUCAAAGAGAAAAAAAGUAUAUCCUAAACAUCAAUUAAAACCUAAACCAAAAGUGAUGGAAUGGCAACCUUCCUUGAGAAAGAGACCUCUUACAUUACUUGAAAAAUUGCUGAACAAGGAAAUUAAACAGGAAAGGAAUUUCAUCCUUCAGUGUGUCAGAUUUAUCAUAAAUGAAAACUAUUUUGAAACAUCUUCAAAUUAA